GCGGGGGUGGAAUGGCUGCGCCGUACCCUCUCUGCUGGUGCAGCAGAGCCGUUUUUGGUGCAGGAUCCAGUCAGGAGAGAGAAGCCACUCUGUCAUUCUACAUGUGACGGGGAGAGAGGGAUGUGGCAGGGAAGGAGGAGGGAAGCAGGAGGGGGCAGCAUGUUCAAGCGCAGGGGACGUAUCGGCGGAUGAGUUCGUUGCUGCUGUCUGCAUGUUCUGUGAGACACCAUGGCCCCCUGCAGAGUGGUCAUCAUUUUCCUGCUACACUUCAUAACCAUGAUGAAUGCUGAGCCCCCCGGCUGCAAGAUCCGGAUUACCUCCAGGGGUCUUGAAAUGUUGAAAUAUGAGACGCAGAGGUUUGUGGAGGAGGAGCUGGGGAACAUCACCAUGCCCGACCUGCAGGGCAGUGAGGGUCGCUUCCAGUACACCAUCAAAGAGGUGCAGAUCAAGGAAUUGAACCUCACCGACGCAGACCUGCGCUUCCACCCUGAUUUCGGCCUGCUCUUUGAAGUGCAGAACUCCUCCAUCGCUCUCAGUUUCAAGCGUAAAAUCCUCUACUGGUUCUUCUAUGAUGUGGGGUACAUCAACGCCUCCGCGGAGGGGGUGAACAUUCACACGGCUCUGCACCUGACAAGAGACGACUACGGACGUCUCAAGAUCUCCAAUGUCUCCUGCGACGCAGCGGUCGCGAAAAUGCGAGCCAAGUUUUCUGGGACUCUCGGGAGGGUGUAUGAUUUCUUGGCUACUUUCCUGACAACAGGAAUGCGCUUCAUUUUAAACCAGCAGAUUUGCCCAGCUCUGAACCAUGCUGGUUUGAUUCUGAUUAACUCAUUGCUGGAUACAAUCCCAGUGCGCUCGAAGGUAGACAAGUAUGUUGGGAUUGACUAUUCUCUUCUGAGUGAUCCUGUGGUGACCGCCAGCAGUCUGGAUAUGGACUUCAGGGGCAUGUUCUAUGACCUCAACAACGAGAACGACACCAUGGUGAACUACGCGGUCUACCCGGUGGUCAGAGAGUACGACCGCAUGGUCUAUCUCGCCCUGUCCGAGUAUUUCUUCGACAGCGGCAUGUACGCCUACUACAAAGCUGGGGUGUUCAAAAUGCAGAUCGCUCAUGAGCGGAUGCCAAAAGAUCUGGAGAUGCUCCUAAGGACGACAUAUUUUGGCACAAUCAUGAUGCUGAACCCUGCUGUGGUGGAAGCCCCAAUUUCCUUAGAGCUGGAGGUGACGUCAUCUCCUCGUUGUGUCAUCAAGACGUCCGGAGCCAGCGUGUUUGUCAAUGCAGUGGUGACAGUGAUGUUGCUGCCUGUCGGACAGCCACCCGUCCAGCUCAGCAGCAUGACUAUGGAAUCCAAACUGAAUGCUAAGGUGUCCAUGAAGGGAAAGAGGCUGGCUGUUCAUAUGGACUUGAGAAGGUUUAAAAUCUACUCCAAUCAGUCUGCACUGGAAUCACUGGCGCUUAUUCCUCUACAAGGACCCUUGAAAACCAUGUUGCAGCUGUCUGUGGUGCCAAUUAUUAACAGUCGAACCAAGAAAGGUGUUCAAAUCCCACUGCCCGAGGGGAUGGACUUUAUUGAGGAAGUGGUGGAAUAUCACAACGGCUUCAUCAUCAUCGGGGCCAACCUGCAUUUUACUAAGGGUCUGAGGGAGGUGAUUGAGAGGAAUCAGCAUGCACUGGAGAACAACAGCACUGUGGUGUGAGCUGGAGAAUGAAGAAUCUGGCAGAGACUGACAGAAAUGUUUCCACCCGGACCUCCCAAAACACACACACGCACAUGCACGCAUACACACACACACACACACACACACACAUGCUUACA